AUGUCUACCAUGAUUAAGAGUGAAGAGAAUCCAGGAAAACGUCGUGUGUGCAUGUUGGAUGGUGAAGCUCUUGACGGGAAGCCUGUUAAGCGUCGAAGAAGAGAUCAGAAUCAGAAUGGUACUAAUGCUGAAGUUUCCAGCCAUCAGAUUCCGGGACAACGAUUACAGGUGCGAGAACAGAUGGAGCAGGCUGAUCAACCCUCCUCUGCGCCGACAACGGUGAAAAGGAGUUCCAGGUUCCGAGGGGUAAGCAGGCACAGAUGGACUGGUCGAUAUGAAGCACACUUGUGGGACAAGCUUUCUUGGAAUGUAACACAAAAGAAAAAAGGAAAACAAGUUUAUCUAGGUGCCUAUGAUGAAGAAGAAGCUGCUGCAAGAGCAUAUGAUUUAGCUGCAAUCAAAUACUGGGGAACAUCAACUUUCACUAAUUUUCCGAUAACUGACUACGAAAAGGAAAUUGAAAUAAUGCAGACAGUAACCAAAGAAGAGUACCUAGCCUCACUGAGAAGGAAAAGUAGUGGUUUCUCGAGAGGAGUCUCCAAAUACAGGGGCGUCGCGAGGCACCAUCAUAACGGAAGAUGGGAAGCAAGAAUUGGCAGAGUUUUUGGGAACAAAUACCUCUACCUAGGAACUUACAGUACCCAAGAAGAAGCUGCCCGGGCUUAUGAUAUUGCUGCAAUUGAAUACAGAGGGAUCAACGCUGUGACUAAUUUCGACUUGAGCACUUACAUCAGAUGGUUGAAGCCAGGAGUAAACGGUCAAGCUUCAAUUCAGGAAUCAAAGACAACCACAAGCCCACAUGCCCUUCCUUCCCCCAACUUCUAUGCAGCUGAGAACUCCCAGUCCUUUUUCUUUCAAAGAUCCUUCAGCACUGGGGAUCUCAAUAAGUAUGACGUGAGUGAUGCAAAGUUGCCGGUAGUACGCAAAAAGUCCUCGUCACCAACAGCACUUGGCCUUCUACUACGAUCUUCAAUUUUCAGAGAACUUGUCGAGAAAAAUUUGACACUAUCAGAAGAGGACAACUGCCCUGAUGGUGGCAGCAGCAACCUGUCCCAAGAGGUUAACAGUGAAUACUUGUCCGGGAUGUUUAACAACGGAAAUGGAGAUAUCCCAUUUGUCCUCUCCUCUGAUGGUUAUGACGUUGAAUUGCAAGAACCAUUCAAUUUCAACUAUGACGGCCUGGAGAAUCUAUAG